AUGGACAUGAAAAUGGAGAAGAUGGCCAAGGAUACAGUGAUUGAGACCCCCAGCAUUGCUGAAGACCAUGCCCUUGGCACCACCACCACCCUAUACAUUGAUCCCGCACGGGAGGCAGCAGUGCGCAGGAAGUUUGACAUCUAUGUCGUACCAAUCUCGGUCAUUUAUCUUGUCAUGUCUACGCUUGACCGCAACAACCUUGGAAAUGCCCGUGUCUUUGGCUUUGACAAAGAUGUCGGACUAAAAGGCGGCCAGUUCGGCAACAUCCAGACGCUGUCUAGCGUCUGUACCGUUCUCUUCGAAGUUCCUUGGGUCCUGGCCACCCGGCGAUGGGGUGCCAAAAAGGCAAUCGGAACUGCGUUCGUCCUAUGGAGCAUCUGCACGCUCGGGACGGCGUUCGUCCAAACGUACGGCCAGACGAUUGCCUGUCGCAUGUUGCUGAAUGCCGCCGAGGCCGGUCUCGCACAGGCAUUCGCUUUCCUAUUCUCAACAAUCUAUCCGCGCGAGCUGGCAGGAAAGCGGAUCAUGACUACGAACCUCGCCCAGUGUAUCUCUGGUGCUUUUGGCGGGCUCUUCGCGUACGCCGUCCAAACGAUGGGAACACGGCACGGUCUCGCGGCGUGGAGAUGGCUCUUCAUCAUUGAGUUCUGUAUCACCGUGGUCAUCUGCGGUAUUGGUCUAGUCUUCCUGCCAGGCGAGGUCGAGAAUGCAUGGUUUCUCAACGAGGAAGAGAAGGAGACUAUGCGAAUGAAAAAGGAGCGAGACUACAUCAUCCGAGGAGAAAAGACGUUCGAGCGCAAGUGGAUCAAGAUCGCCCUGACCGACCCCUUUGUUUGGAUGCUUGGUCUUGCCUUCUUCACUUCGUCGGUUGCCAUCAACGGAUUUGGAGUCUUCUUACCCACCAUCAUCGACGGCCUUGGCUUUGCUUCCCUCAAGGUCAAUUAUAUGACCAUCCCGGUCUAUGUCCUUGGCGCCAUCUCCCUUACAGUCCAGGUCUACUAUUCGGACAAGCUCCGAAAGCGAGCAUAUUUCAUCGUGGGAUGUUGUGUCCCUGUCGCUAUUGGCUAUCUCAUGUGUGUGUGGUCCAAGAACCCCGAUGUUGGCUAUGCCGGCAUGUUUGUCCUCGUCAUAGGGCUUUAUCCCAUUUCCACUUUGGCCGUAACGUGGAUCACAACGAACCUAGCACCCGACUCGAAGCGUGCAAUAGGUCAGCCCUUUGCCUACAGCCUAGCCAACGUGUCGAACCUUAUUUCCGGACAGCUAUAUCCAAGUCAGCAAGGUCCGCGAUACGUCCCCGGCAACUCCAUUUCGGCUGGUCUCACAAUCGUCGCUGGGUUUCUCUAUGCCUCGUGCUGGUUCCUACUCAGGAGGAGAAAUGCCAAGAAGACGAAGAUGAUUGCUGAAGGGGCUACCACCAAUGAAAAGGAAGGAGAUCAGAGCCUUGACUUCACGUACAUUCUCUGA